AUGAGUCUGGACUUGUCAAUAGAGGCCGUGAAAUCAAGGAUCGCCGCCCUGGCUCCGAUCCUCGAUACCAUCCAGGACAAUACUCGUACAGCCUCUAUUAGCAUUGGAGUUCUUCACCAAGGAGAGGUCAUCUACACACGCAGUAGAGGCGUUAGAGACGUGGAAUCAGGGCAAUCUGCCAAUUCAGAUACCAACUACCUGCUAUGCUCCGUUUCCAAGGCAUUCACUGCUUCGUGCUGUGGAUUGCUAGUCCAUGAAGGGAAGCUGAAAUGGAAUGAACCAAUGCAGUCAUACAUCCCUUUCAAGAACAACAUUGAUCCUGUUAUCGGUGAAAGAGCAACAGUUCAGGAUGCUCUUUCGCACAAUACGGGGCUUGCGCACUUGGAUCUUACCUGGCUUGGCGUGGAAUGCGAAUACCUUCUGAAAAGGGAAGAUUUGCUCGACGUUGUCAGCUAUCUGCCUCCUGUUCACGACCUUCGCUGUGGUUUUCACUACAAUAACUACAUGUUUGCUGUGGCUGGUGCGGUUAUUGAAAAGCAGUCUGGACGUCCGUGGUAUGAAUACCUGAAGGAGAAGAUCCUCGACCCGCUCGACUUGAGCCGCACAAAAACAAACCGCACGAAGUUACUAGAUGACAACUAUGCGGCACCUCAUGUUGUUCUUGACGAUUAUUCGCUCCACAAGCAGAAACCUGUCGACAUGGCUUCUGAUGACUCUCUGAUGGGGCCCGCUGGGGCUGUCUGGUCAUGUGUUACCGACAUGAUGAAAUGGGCCAAGGCUCUUCUGAAAGCCAUGCACAGUGACACUAAAACGCCCCUCAAGCAAGUAUCGACAAUUGUCUCGCACAAAGCCAACAUUACCACAUGUUCCAUUGGAGAAAACACAUAUGGGCUGGGCUUUGCCCGUGCCACAAUCCCCUCUACAGAAUUGGGUAUGAUCUCUCUCAACGGCCCUCAGCGCGAGCAUGUCAUUGGUCGAACGUCACAGCCUCGGUUAGUCUUUUAUCACAAUGGGGGUCAAUCUGGAUACUUGACAUCAUUUUAUCUAUUCCCGGAAACCAACUCGGCCAUCGUCGCUUUGGGAAACUCAUACGGACUCGGUGAUGGGCCAGAUUGGAGUGCACAGGCUCUUGCACAGGCCAUGUUUGAUCUUCAACCACGCGUUGACUUUGCAGAAGCAUCAAAGGCGAGAGCCACGACAGAAUACGAAAGAUAUAACCGUCUUGCUGCAGAAUUCAAUCAUCAUCGCGAUGAAGAACGCGAAAGAUGUGAGGGGUCGAACGAGACUUCAUUGGAAGACUACGUGGGCAGAUAUCAUAACACAGGUUUGAAGAUGACGCUGGAUAUCAAGAAGGACAAGGAUGGAGUCCUGAGACUGACCUUCAAUGACGUACCAUCUCAACAGCAUAAGCUCACGCACUUUGCGGGGGACAAGCUAGGUUUUCUGCCAGCGUCACGCGAAGAGCUUAUCUUGAGAGAAUUCAUUGAUUGGUUUCAGUGGGAUCAAUUUGUUUUGGCGUUCAGCCGGAAGGAGAAUUCACAAGAUAUUGUGGAUGUUUCGUGGGCCAUGCAGGUUGGUAUCGAGCCGCUACAUUUCAACAAGUUAUGA